GGCGGGUGAGCGGGGCCGGCGGCAGCAGCAGCAGGAGGCGGGGGCCGGCGGCCGUCGCUGGCGGCCCGGCCCGCCAUGAGCAGAGCGCAGCUGACGCGGACGGGGAUCCUGCGGAUGGCGCUGGGCGGCGGCGGCGCUGACCCGCUGCUGCCGGCGGAGGGCGGCGGGGGCCGGCGGGCGCCCUUCCUGCUGCGGGCGCUGCGCAUCGCUGUGGUGGUCUGCCUCUACUGGUUCACCUCCAUCGCCAUGGUCUUCCUCAACAAGUACCUGCUGGACAGCCCCUCGCUGCGCCUCGACGCCCCUCUCUUCGUCACCUUUUUCCAGUGCGCCCUCACGGCCGCCCUCUGCCUGGGCCUCAGCCUGGGGGCGGCCUGCGGGCCCCCCUGCGCCGGCCUGCCCACCCUCCGCCUCGACCCCAAGGUGUCCCGCAGCGUCCUGCCCCUCUCCGCCGUCUUCAUCGGCAUGGUCACCUCCAACAACCUCUGCCUCAAGCAUGUCGGCGUGGCCUUCUACAACGUGGGGCGCUCCCUCACCACCGUAUUCAACGUGCUGCUCUCCUACCUCCUCCUCAAGCAGACCACCUCCCUCUAUGCCCUUCUGGCCUGCGGAGUUAUCAUAGGUGGCUUCUGGCUGGGUGUUGACCAGGAAGGAGCAGAGGGUACUCUGUCAUGGACAGGUAUAUUCUUUGGGAUCUUAGCAAGCCUUUGUGUCUCUCUCAAUGCCAUCUAUACCAAGAAAGUGCUGCCUGUGGUGGAUGGUAGCAUCUGGCGCCUGACCUUCUACAACAACAUCAACGCUUGCGUCCUGUUCUUCCCCCUCAUGGUGCUGCUGGGCGAGUUCCGCACCCUCUACCACUUUGACAAGCUGGGGAGCCCCAGUUUUUGGGGCAUGAUGACCUUGGGGGGAGUGUUUGGCUUUGCCAUUGGGUAUGUGACUGGACUUCAGAUUAAGUUCACUAGCCCACUCACCCACAACGUGUCUGGGACAGCCAAGGCCUGUGCACAAACAGUGUUGGCUGUUAUCUACUUUGAGGAGACAAAGAGCUUCUUGUGGUGGACGAGUAACUUGAUGGUUCUGGGGGGCUCCUUUGCCUACACAUGGGUGAAAGGGCUGGAAAUGAGAAAGGUGCAAGAGGAUCCUAAUGUCAAAAGUGGUGAAAGAAAUGACACUGGUGUGUAGGUGGCUCCUGCACCUCUAUUUUUGGGCCUGGGGUGGGGGAUAACCCUUGGUGCACCUUUCUUCCUGGGGAGAAGAAGAGCAAGGAGCAGGAAGAAAUGCACCUGCAAAGUGUAUGGGGAACUGUGUCAGGAACCAGAGCCAAAGACCUGACUGGAUCAUGUUUUAUCUCACCCCAUGUCAGAGUUGGGGAGAGCAUGUGUUGUAGAGAUCAACUGGGUUGGGCUUUUUGUGAUUGUUUUUUAAAAUUGAUGUUGUUAUUUACCUAAUCUGGGACAUUUGCAUGGGGGGGGGGGGGGGAGUUGGGCUCAUAUCAGACAAAGACUGGAAUGGGAGCUUUGUGUAGUUAGGCAUCUAAAAUUAACUGAAUGAAUGCAAUCUGGAGUUAUAAAAUCCUGAACCUGCAGGUAAGGAAGAGGCAAGUAGCCAGACUGUUUGGGUUAGACUUCAGUAAACUGUUCUGCUGUAUAA